GUUCAAAAUUUCAAAAUGGUUAUUCAGAGUCAUCGCCCACUUCCACCUACCUUUCUCAUAUUCCUCCCUAUCCACAUUAUUGACCGCAACCUCUCCCUUUCCGAUUCCCCUCCACAAACCCUCCCACCGAUCGAUCGAUCUCCCCGCGACGGAUCCGCCGACGAAGAGAUGGCCCGCAACCCUUCGCCGCCGGCCAAGUCGAAGACCUCCCAACUCGACGCCGCCCUCCAUAACAUCGGUUUCGAGAUCGAUCUCAUCUCCCCCGCCAAGGUCAAUGGCCGACUCACCGUCACCGAUUCCUGCUGCCAGCCGUUCAAGGUGCUCCACGGCGGGAUAUCGGCCAUGAUGGCCGAGGCGCUGGCCAGCAUCGGGGCGCACGUCGCCUCCGGGUUCCGCCGCGUGGCCGGGAUUCAGCUCAGCAUCAACCACCACCGCAGCGCCCGCUCCGGCGACCGCGUCUUCGUCGAAGCCACGCCGCUCCAGCUCGGCAAGACCAUCCAGGUGUGGGAGGUGCAGCUAUGGAAGAUGGACAUGGAGUCUGGCUCAGAAAAAGGGGUCCUGAUAUCCUCAGCAAGGGUCACCCUCUUAGUAAACUUGCCCGUACCAGACCAUGCAAAAGAAGCUGAAGAAACUUUGAAAAAAUAUGCGAGGUUGUAGCCAUAGAAACUAAACCACUUCCUGUACAAGUUGAAUAAAUGUGUAAUUGUUGGAUUUCAUCACGUAUUCUCUACCAAAUGGAAGUUCAAUGAUCAUUUUUCCA